AUGGAAGAGAUGAAAUUCCGUUUACAACAACAAUACUUCUUAAACCCGAAAUCCGGUGAUUCUGAACUUGAAUUGGCGGCGGUACUAAUCCCAUGUUUCGAAGAAUCUGUUGAUUCGACACUAUUUCAAGGCCAUACUGAGGUUGGUAUGAACAUUCAACUUGACCAAUUGAAAGGGUUGGUACCGGAAGAAGGCUUUGAACAGCUCUUGACGGAGAAGCCUGAAAUUGUCAUUCCCGCCAUCGAGUACUCCAUGCACGUCAUUGCGCUCAAAAGCUCGCCGAAUCCAGAAGACGCGUUGAACUGUCAGUGUAUCGCGAGGAUUCAAUUUACUAAGCCGACGUCGACGAUUAAAGAGUUAAAGGCGUCGACCAUUGGCAAACUUAUAUGUAUCAAAGGGACUGUCAUUCGAGCUUCGUCGAUUAAACCGUAUUUGGUCUCGAUGUCGUUUAAAUGUGGGACGUGUAAUUAUCAGAAGGACGUCCGCUUCAAAGACGGGAAAUAUAAGUUGCCAAAGAAGUGUGAAAUGUGUAAUAUGACAUCGUGGAUACCUUUGCGAGAGACCGUCCACAUCACGGAGACACAGAAGAUAAGAGUUCAGGAAAUCGAUGAGGGGGAGGGGAGAAUACCACGAAGCAUCGAAUGUGAAUUAGUCCACGAAUUAGUCAACACCUGUGUUCCAGGAGACACUGUGAUAGUCUCUGGUGUACUGAAGCGCAAUGAAACACCCCCAACGUUUAGUAAAUUUAAGAAGAAAAACGAUCAGACAAUUUACGAGCCAUUCAUUGAUGCAAAUCACUUGGAAAAUUGUCGUGCGGAGUCUGGAGAGAGAGACGUGACUGAAUUCUCUGCAAAGGACAUUGAGUUCAUCGAGACGAUUAAAGAGAAGAACAAUAUUCUGAAACUACUUGUGCACUCCCUCUGCCCUCCCAUCUUCGGACAUUACAUCGUGAAGACGGCAAUGAUUUUGGUGUUAUUUGGAGGGACACGAAGCCACGAGACACGAAUUCGAGCGGACUCCCAUUUACUUGUUGUUGGCGAUCCCGGACUUGGGAAGUCGCAAAUCUUGCGGGCAGUUGCGAAUGUUGUUCCUCGAGGUGUUUACGUCUCCGGAUCCUCUGCAACGAAAACUGGAUUGACCGUGGCGCUCCAUAGAAAUCCUGGAACAUCGGAUUUUACAUUAGAGAGUGGUGCGUUGGUUCUUGGAGACCAAGGAGUGUGCUGCAUUGACGAGUUUGAUAAAAUGGAACGAGCAGACCACUCGUCGUUGUUGGAGGCAAUGGAACAACAAAGCAUUUCAAUAGCAAAAGCGGGUAUCUGCUGCACUUUACCUGCUCGAACGUCGGUGAUUGCGGCGGCAAAUCCCGUUGAAGGUCAUUUCAAUCGGGGGAAGACCGUUGCUGAGAAUAUUAAUAUGCCGUCGCCAUUACUUUCCCGCUUUGAUUUGAUAUUUGUGUUGGUGGAUAACCCGGACUCGGAGAGCGACAGAGCGUUGUCGGAGCAUAUUAUUAACAUGCAUGCGGACAAGAACAAACGGAAGUACACCAACACGCGAAUGUCACAAAUCUUAUCGAAGAGUCAAACACAAGUGGAGAGUGGAGGGAGACAGUCGUUGAGAGAGUAUCUGGCUGACCACGCGAAUGAAAGCUCGGACCCAUUGCCCCCACGGCUCUUCCGAAAGUACUUGGCAUAUGCAAAAGCAAAUGUCCAUCCAAUUCUUAAUGAUGAAGCAAAACUGGAACUCCAGAAAUUUUACAUUGAGCUCCGACAGAGUUUUAAACAAGACGACGACACGCCAGUAACGACACGACAACUUGAAAGUUUGAUUCGGUUGACCGAAGCGCGAGCAAAGGUGGACUGUCGCGAGAUGGCGACGAAGGGGGACGCGCUUGACGUGAUUGAGAUCUUCAAAAUAGCGUCGUUGACCGGGAUUGGUGGGAUCGCGAAUACCCCGGUCAUUGAUUUCAGAGCGAUUGGCGGCGUGAGAGGGGGGAAGACCAAAAUGUUGAAGAGUCUUGUGAUGGUCUUGCAGACGGAAGCGAAGAAGAAGGGUUCGACGAUGUUCACCAACAACGAUUUGAAGAACAUCGCGUCCCAAAUGCAAGUUCCUGACAUGAAUGAAUUAGUUGAUCGACUCAAUCAAGAGGGGUAUUUACUAAAGCAGACGGGAGCGUAUAAGUUGAUCACAGGACUAUAA